UCAUUAUUUUUCAAUCUACUUGAGCAGCUUUUGCUUUCAUGCCUGAAACUUGAUAGUUUCAGGAGGAAGUUUUUGUUUGUUUGUUCUUAAUUGGAAUGUUGAAAACUUUCUUAUUGAUGCUCUAAGUGGAACCCAAUUUUAAAAUAUGAGUUGAGUCUGAUUUAAAGGAGACUUGUCUGACCAUUUUCUGCUGGACUGAUGGGGGAACAUCUUGAGGGAAACUUGGUAGGAGAAAAUGAGAUCUGAUUUGCAACUAACAGCCAUGCUUAAUUUUGAGAAUAUUUACAGAUUCAUUGAAAAAGAAAUUAAAUAUUGACCAAGGACAAUGUCUGUAUUUCUCAGUAAUUUAUCAACAAAUGACUCUAGCCUGUGGAAAGAAAGUCAUAAUUCGACGGACCUUUUAAAUCCGCCAGGAACCGUGAAUAUCUAUCUUUUUUGCCUGACAUGCUUAAUGACUGUUGCAGCCCUGGCCGGCAGCAUUUAUUCACUAGUUUCCCUACUGAAAAUGCAGAACAGAACUGUUGUGUCCAUGCUGGUGGCUUCCUGGUCCGGGGAUGAUCUCAUGAGCGUCUUGUCGGUGACCAUCUUCAUCUUUUUGCAGUGGCCAAACGAGGUCCCUGACUACUUCCAGUCUCUGUGCACCACCUCUGCCUUACUAUAUUUAUGCCAGGGCCUCUCGAGCAACUUGAAGGCGACUCUCGUGGUCUCCUACAACUUUUACACAAUGCACAGGGCUGUAGGGAGCCAGGCAACCUCCAGAAGAUCCGGCCAGGUGCUCGGCGUGGCGUUGACAGUGUGGGCAGCCAGUCUGCUGCUCUCCGCGCUCCCGCUGUGCGGCUGGGGCGCCUUCGUGCGCACGCCCUGGGGCUGCCUGGCCGACUGCUCCAGCUCCUACGUGCUGCUGCUCUUCGCUGUGUACACUUCGGCCUUCGGACUCCUCGCCGGCCUCUCCGUCCCGCUCACUCACCAGUUGCUGUGUUCGGAGGAGCCGCCGAGACUUCACGCCAACUAUCAGGAAAUUUCCCGUGCAGCUUCCACUCCAGGGACCCCUCCAACUGGAGGAAGAGUGCUUUCCCUGUCCCUAGAUGACGCUCCGGGCCCCGCCCUGCGGUGCUCUGGGGGAUGCUCCCCGACAUCAGACACCGUGUUUGGACCAGGUCUGCCUGCGAGGACCCGGCUGGGGCAGGAGCCCGGGAGCGGUGCUGGCGCUGUGGCUGGAGCCUGCAGGCGUGAAAAACGGGGGACUCUCUAUGGCACCAGGAGCUUCACCGUGAGCGUAGCGCAGAAGCGCUUCUCUUUGAUCCUUGCUCUGACAAAAGUCAUCCUUUGGCUGCCCAUGAUGAUCCACAUGGUGGUCCAGCACAUCCUGGGGUUUCAGAGCCUUCCCUUCGAGACAUUCAGCUUUCUCCUAACCCUACUGGCCACCACUGUAACUCCAGUGUUUGUCUUGUCCAAACGCUGGACACACUUGCCCUGUGGCUGCAUCAUCAACUGCAAGCAGAGCAAAUACACGGUGGCAUCUGACGGGAAAAAACCCAAAAGAAGAUGCUUUGAAUUCAAUCUAUCAUUCCAACAAAGUUAUGGAAUUUAUAAAAUAGGACGUGAAGAUUACUAUGAGGAUGAUGAAAAUUCUAUAUCCUAUCACAACCUCAUGAACUAUGAGUGCAAAACUUCAGAAGACUCUCAGAAAGACACUCAUAAUAUCUUCAAUGCCAUUAAAGUGGAAGUCAGCACCACAACCUCUCUGGACAGCUCCACACUAAAAGGCAUCAACAAAUGCACAAACACUGAUAUUACAGAGGCUAAACAGGAUUUCCACAAUGAAAAGAGUGUUGAUCCACUGCUUUCUGAAAAAACAGAAGGUGAUAUUAAAUAUGAAGAAACCACCUUUUUAGAAGGGCCAGAAAGAAGACUGUCUCACGAAGAGAGUCAGAAACCAGACCUUUCAGACUGGGAAUGGUGUAGGAGUAAAUCAGAAAGAACCCCUCGUCAGCGUUCCGGUGGUGCCCUGGCCAUUCCCUUGUGUGCUUUCCAGGGGACUGUGUCUCUCCAAUCCCCAACUGGGAAAACUCUCUCUCUUUCUACCUAUGAGGUGAGUGCAGAAGGACAAAAAAUAACCCCAGCCUCUAAGAAAAUAGAAGUCUAUCGAUCCAAAAGUGUCGGCCACGAGCCAAACCCAGAAGAUUCUCCCUCCACGUUUGCGGACACCAGUGUGAAAAUACACCUGGAGGUCCUGGAAAUCUGUGAUAACGAAGAGGCCUUGGACACCGUGUCAAUCAUUAGCAACAUCAGCCAGUCCUCCACACAGGUCAGAUCUCCGUCGCUGCGCUACUCACGGAAAGAAAACAGAUUCGUUUCAUGUGACUUAGGGGAAACAGCCUCAUAUUCUCUCUUCUUACCCACAAGUAAUCCUGGCGGGGAUCUCAACAUCUCCAUUCCAGACACUGUGGAAGCACACAGGCAGAACAGUAAAAGGCAGCACCAAGAGAGAGAUGGCUACCAGGAGGAAAUCCAGUUGUUAAAUAAAGCUUACAGGGAAAGAGAAGAAGAAAGUCAGGGUAACUAACGGUCACUUGGCCUAAUAAAGGCAAGAACGGCCCUGCAGUUUCAAACCGCUCAACAACACUCUGUUCUGAGGCUAUUUGAUUUCCUCUUUUACGUGUCGGUUUACAUAAGCUUUCUAGACAUACUAGUUCAUUGCUUUUAGUGCAAACAGCUGGAACUAGUGCAAACACUAAGUGCUUUUGAUGUGUUACUUAUAGAUCACACACUGUGGUAACUGAAAGAUGUUUCUUAUCCGAUUUCUAAAAAUCUUCUUAAAAUCAGAUCUUGGUCUAGUUUACCGAUGUUUUCGCCUAUGUUUGUCAACCUCAGAGUAAACAGAAAGCUGUAUAAACUCCAUGAACAUACUGUUCCCAGGCACGUGUUUCUACUCAUAAUGUGGGUCUUGACUUCAAGGAGGGAAAAAUGACAUUUUGGGAAUGGAAGACAUGUAGCAAAACUCGGGGCUGUAUUUGAGGAGGCUUGCCUCAAUGCGUCCAGCACAGCCCGCGCAGUACAGGGAUUGCUCCAGCUUUACACUGACGUCUAGGAAAUAUGUUCCUGUGUAAAACGGCAAAUUUAGCUUCCCGAUUCAAAACAUGCAUGCCCCUCGUCUGUAAAUAGUUGUUUCCUUCAUUUCUAUAAAAUAUAAAUUGUUUACUGAAUUUUUUCUUUCUCUCUUAAACAUGAGUGUUUUCCUUUCCCCUUUCCAAUAUGUCAAGACUACCCUUAAAACAAAUAUGUUUAUGUUACAGGUAGAACUGGAAGUAGCCUUUAACUCUAACUUUCUUGGAAAAGCUUCUAAAUGUAGACUCAUCAUCUCUAGAAUCAUUCUGUUUAUUUGAACGGAAACCAGGGGAAAACACUGUGAGAUUAAGUUUUGUGAGGUGCACCCAAGUAGAGUAACAAACUUCUGAGCAGAGCAGAGGAAAAUCCUCUGACUCCACACGAAAGCAUCUGUUUCUAAAGCUGCAGAUAUGGCAAACUUUCUUAGCCACUCUUGAAGCACAGAAAAUUUUAGUUCAAAUAUUAUUCCAAAUUUAGGUGCUUUUUCAUUUCUUUUCCAAGGAUGUGUAUCUCAAGCAAAGAAAUAACUCAGUGUAUUUUAUUAAGUGAUUGUGGGGUAUGCACUUCAAGACUAAUUUUUAAAUGUGUUA